AGUAGUGAUUUUGUCUUCCCCCGGAAACCAACGUGAAAGCCGUUAACAGCUGCGAAACCGCAGAAACAACCGGAGACAGAGUAAACUAACAACAAAGCAAUGGCUUUGGAAAGAAAGAUACACCAGCCAAUUGUAACAGAAACUCAAAUUUCAAAACCAAAGUCUUCCUCCGCAGUCUUAUAAAUCAUUGUGUUUCAUGUAGGUUGUGCAUAAGCUUCUGGUGCAACCUCCUUCUAAGGAGGAAGCUAAACUAGGAGUUUCUUUUCCCCAACAAAAAAAUUAAAAAAAAAAAAAAAACCAAUGGCGGUACCAAGCUCCAGGUUGCUCUUAAUAGCUCUUGUUUUCUUGGUUGUUUCAGCUGCAGUAGCCCAUACGAAAAGCCAAGGUCGUAGCCACGAUGGUGGGAAGCACCAGCUUGAAACAGGGCCCGUAACAUAUGAUGGGAGGUCGCUGCUUAUCAAUGGCAAACGAGAGCUUCUAUUUUCGGGUUCAAUUCAUUAUACACGAAGCACGCCAGAAAUGUGGCCUGAUCUUCUCCGAAAGGCUAAAUAUGGAGGUUUGAAUGUAAUUCAAACUUAUGUGUUUUGGAACAUUCACGAGCCGGUGAAGGGUCAAUACAAUUUUUCAGGAAACUAUGAUUUGGUGAGGUUCAUUAAGCUUGUUCAAGAGCAUGGAAUGUAUGUUACCCUUCGAGUUGGGCCAUUCAUUCAAGCCGAAUGGAACCAUGGAGGACUUCCAUAUUGGCUGAGAGAGGUCCCCAACCUAAUAUUUCGUACUGAUAAUGCACCAUACAAGUACUAUAUGAAGAAGUAUGUGACCAUGAUUGUAAACAAGCUGAAAGAAGCGAAGCUAUUUUUUGCUCAAGGUGGCCCAAUCAUAUUGGCACAGAUCGAAAAUGAGUACGAUCAUAUACAGCUUGCAUAUAAAGACAUGGGAUUCAGUUAUGUCAGAUGGGCAGCAAGGAUGGCCGUAAAGCAAAACGUUGGAGUACCAUGGAUCAUGUGCAAGCAGACCGAUGCUCCUGAUCCGGUGAUUAAUACUUGUAACGGAAGGCAUUGUGGAGAUACUUUCUCCGGGCCUAAUAAGCCAUACAAGCCUGCUCUAUGGACCGAAAACUGGACAGCUCAGUACAGAGUAUUUGGUGAUCCAGCUUCACAGAGACCCGCAGAAGAUAUUGCAUUUUCAGUUGCCCGCUUUUUCUCAAAGAAUGGAGCUCUAACCAACUACUACAUGUACCAUGGUGGGACUAAUUUUGGAAGAACAAGUGCGAUUUUUACAACAACUCGCUACUAUGACGAAGCACCUCUUGACGAAUAUGGUUUGCCAAGGGACCCAAAAUGGAGUCACCUCAAGGACUUGCACAAGGCUUUGAGACUAAGCAGGAAGCCUUUGCUUUGGGGAGUUCCAGGUGUCCAAAACUUAGGGGAAAACCUCGAGGCUCGUUUCUACGAGUUGAAAAACAACUCCAAAAUCUGUGCUGCUUUCUUGGCCAACAACAAUUCAAGGAGUGAAGCAAUUGUUAAUUGGCGAGGACAAGACUACUACCUUCCACCGCAUUCUAUUAGCAUCCUCCCUGACUGCAAGACCGUAGUCUACAAUACUCAAACCAUCGUAUCGCAACAUAAUGCAAGGAACAUUGUCAGAUCAACUUUGGCCAACAAAAUGAGAUGGAUGGAGUCUUCAGAACCCAUUCCAAGCACCGUGCAAGUUCCGAUCACUAAUAGGACACCGUUGGAGCUCUACAGCUUGCUAAAAGAUCAGUCAGACUAUGCGUGGUACACAACCAGCCUUGAAUUGAAUCCCAGGGACAUGUCCAUGAAGGAAAGUAUUCAACCGGUUCUACGAAUUGGAAGUCUCGGUCACGCAAUGCUGGUGUUUGUCAAUGGUGAGUAUGUUGGUUCCGGACAUGGGAGCCACGACGAGAAGAGCUUUGUCUUCCAAAAAGUUGUGUCCUUAAAGGCCGGGGUCAACCAAAUAGCUUUGCUUGCCAUGACAGUUGGUCUUCCAGAUAGCGGAGCGUACAUGGAGCACAGAUAUGCAGGGCCUAAAGAAAUAGAAGUUCUAGGACUGAACACUGGAACUAUAGAUCUCUCACGAAAUGGGUGGGGGCAUCAAGUUGGCCUGAAUGGAGAGAAGAUCCAAGUCUUCACUGAAGAGGGAUCGAAACGGGUUCAAUGGGGUGAAAUAAAUGAACCAAAAAAGGCUCUAACAUGGUACAAGACAUAUUUUGAUGCUCCUGAAGGGAAUGACCCUGUGGCUAUUAAAAUGUCUGGUAUGGGAAAAGGAAUGAUGUGGGUGAAUGGUGAGAGCAUUGGCCGGCACUGGAUGUCUUUCCUCUCUCCUCUAGGACAACCUACUCAAUCCGAGUACCACAUCCCAAGAUCCUUCAUCAAGCCUACACAAAACCUUCUUAUUGUUUUGGAAGAGGAGCCAGCCAAGCCUAAUAGCAUUGAGAUUAUGAUUGUCAACAGAGAUACCAUUUGCAGCUUCAUUACUGAGUAUCAUCCUCCAAAUGUCAAGUCAUGGGCAAGAGAGAACAGCCUCUUCCGACCUGUUUUAGAUGUUGUCAGAACAUCCGCGGAGUUGAAAUGUCCAAACUACAAAAAGGUUGUCGAAGUUGAGUUUGCAAGCUUCGGCGAUCCUGUUGGUUCAUGUGGAAGCUACACCUUGGGUAAAUGCGACUCCCCUGUAUCUAAAGAGGUUGUUGAACAGCACUGCUUGAACAAAACUAGCUGCAUAGUUCCGAUUGACCGCAAGCUUUACUUCAAGAACAAUGAUGAUUGCCCAGAUAUCAAGAAAACACUCGCCAUCCAAGUGAAUUGUGCUUAGAGAAUCUGGUACAUUUAACGUUGUGGGUGAUUGCAUGACCAUUGAAGAACCUCAACCAAGCUGGUCUAAAUUUCGCUGUGCCCUGUUCGGAAGACCAAGAAAAUAUCACAGGGUGUUCAAUUAGGCAUGUCAAUUUGUCAAAAGUUCAAAUCAAUCUAUUGUAAUCAAAAUUACAUGAAUCAUACACUCAUAUUUGAGCCAUUAAAAACAUCAAAACAGGCUUCAUAGUUAAUCACUUCUGCAU